UCAGCAACAUACACUUUUAUUAGAAAAAGAAAAAGAUAGAGGUUUAUUUUUUGUAUAUUUAUUUCAAAUUCUGUAAUGAACAUGGAAACGGACAAGGACAACAACGUUACUGCACCAAAGAAGUUGACAACACGUACUACUACUGUUGCCCUGGUGGAGAGUAAUACCAAUCCCUCUGGUCUUCAGCUGGUGAGCUCUUACCAAACCAACCGGGUGGGGGACCCAAUGGACCUGGUGGCACUGGCACAACAAGUGCAGAAGGCAGAUUAAUUUAUUCGAGCCAAUGCAAGCAACAGACUGACAGUAAUAGCUGAACAAAUUCGAUACUUACAGGAGCAAGCUAGGAAGGUUCUAGAAGAUGCUAAGAAAGAUGCUGAACUUCACCAUGCUGCCUGCAAUGUAGUCAAGAAGCCAGGAAACAUGUAUUAUCUGUACAUGCGGGAGUCCGGUCAACGAUAUUUCUCCAUCCUCUACCCGAAGGAUUGGGGUUCCAGCUGCCCGCACAAAUUCGUUGGUGCUUAUAAGCUUAUAAGGGACUCUGAGAUCAGCAUCCUAGACAAGCUGCUGAGCCAGCAGAUAGCCCUGCCCCCCUGUAAUGAGCCCAACUUCCAGGGGCUCACACAGUGAACCUCCCCCGGACACCGGGCACAAAGAACAGACAGACAGCAUUGCAAGGUGUCACACUGACACAGCACCAUUGCAAGGUGUCACACUGACACAGCACCAUUGCAAGGUGUCAUAUUGAGACACCAGCAUUACAAAGUGGCACAUUGACUUCUGAUAAUGUAUACAACUACAGCCAUGCUGCUUAUCAAUACAUUGUGUCUGAAAUACCCUUAACCCUGCAGUAUACAAAGUGUCUUUUUCAGUUUGCUGUUAUCUUGUAAGUAGAAAAGGCCAUCAGCGUAGUCUCCACUUCAACUGUGAGCAUUAAUUACCAACCCAUCAUAGACAUUACAUAUAAUUUGAUAAUAAAGAUAGUACAUCUUGCACAACACAAUAAGGUUUAAAUGGUUAAAAAAAAACUGCUGUGUAGAAAGAAAAAUAUAUAUACCGGAUUUUGCCGAGUCAACGCCCUGAUCUGAACAAUGGCGCCCCCUCCCAACUUUCAACUUAUAAUACCUGAGGGGACAUAAUCACAGCUCACGUGAAAUAACUGCUUAGAAGUAGGUGCUCUGUGCAUUAAUGAUUCAGACAAGUGCUUGCAUCAUCAACGAUGAAGGUUCAGAUGACGAAGACGUGGAGUUUGGAGAUUUCGGAUCAGAUGAUAUAGACUCCGCAGUCUGAUUGAGUAUGCUUUCCUGUUACACUACAAUCCAUAUUUGGGGUUUUAAUUUUUAAUUUUUUUUUUAGACACUGCAAGAGCUUGUAACUCAGGCCUUUUUUUGUAUUGAAGAUUUGAAUGCUAUUAUUAUUAUUAUUAUUAUUAUUUAUUUCUUAGCAGACGCCCUUAUCCAGGGCGACUUACAAUCGUAAGCAAAUACAUUUCAAGCGUUACAAUACAAGUAAUAGAUUAAGAGCUAGCUAUAGUGCUACUUUGGAUAUUAAAUUAUUAUUUAGUGUUGUUUUUUCACACUGGACACUGCAAUUUCUUUCGUACAAAGAUUAUGUAAAGCCCUUUAUUUUAGUGGACCAAAAAUGUCACGUGUUUAUAUAUUUUAAAUGCAGCAACUUUUAUCGUAACGUUUUUCACCUACAUACUGUAUGUGGUUUUUCAUGACAUGCAUUUACACUGAACACUGGCUUUAAAGUUUAAUGUUUGUUUUGUGAAAAUAUUUGAAAUGACAAAACAGUGGACAGACUGCAGCAACUUUAAAUUGUAUUUCACCAGUCAAUACAUGUUAACUGCACUUUUUGAUUCUUUGGCGUGACUGUAAAGAUGACAUCAAUUGGCUAAUUAAAUAAAACACAAGAUUUUACAGUUUUGCAGGUAAAUUGAUUUUCUUAUUUAUAGAGAAGCACUGAAUUUUCUCCCGUCUGAUGAUUCAUCAGACAAUUCACAAAUGCAUCCCAGCCCUGUUACUAUCCAACCAGCGUAGCCAAUAUCACAGAAUAUUAAAAAGGUGCUCAGUUUUCAGCCCACCAGUGAGGUCCACAAGUGCAGAUGUUUCCACAUGAUCAGAACUGGUUAUUGUUAGGGAUGUAACGAAACACUUUGUAUUGAUAAAUUGUGAUACUUUAUUUAUAUGAUAUAUUGUAUCAUAAUAGAAAGACAUUUUUUUGUAACAGGA